GCUGACGUAAUGCUGGCACCGGAGCUCGGUUUUCAAACGAAAAGUUCCGUCUGUACGGGUAGGGUGACAGGGCAGCGAGGGUUUGUGUGUGAUAAUAAUAAUAAUAAUAAUAAUAAUUAAAAAAGAAAACAAACGCCUUUUGGACGUCUUCGCCCUUGGAAGAGACAAUAAAAAUACAUUUAUUUCUGGAAACAGUUUUGGAUAAAGCCGGAAAACUAAGACAGAUACCGCUUUUAAUUUUUCCCCCAGUUUGACACGACAGCGCUCGUUUUACGCCGGGCUGUGCGAGUCUGAACUGUGUGCGCGACGGACUGAUUCAUGAAGAAUGUACAUUUUUUGUCAAGGAGAAUUUGUUUGCCAUGCCAAUGCUGGUGUUACGAGAAGUGAUCUUUGAUGGGACUUGGGUGGACGUUUCUUCAAGUUAUUAACAACAACAAUAAUAAGCAACGGCAUACACAGUUUACAAUAUAAAUACAAUACAGAUUUUUAGAAACCAGUUAUUAAACUAAAGAAAGUGACCGGGAACUGCUGUUGAAAGACGGACUGUUAUUAUUAUUAUUAUUAUUAUUAUUAUUAUUAUUAUUAUUAUUAUUAUUAUUAUACUGUGCUAAUAAUGUCCAGGAAGAGGUCAGAGAGUAAGUCUUCUCCGCCGGGACUGCUCACUGAAAUUCAGACCCCGAUCAGGACGGACGGUUUGGACAGUCAUUACCACAUCACCUCAGACGAACUUGGCAGGGGUAAAUUUGCCGUGGUUAAGAAGUGUGUGGAGAAGUCCACAGGGAAGGAGUAUGCUGCCAAGUUCCUGAAGAAGCGUCGGAGAGGCCGUGACUGCAGAGUGGAGAUCGUGCACGAGGUGGCGGUUCUAGAAUCAGCGCGGUGGAAUUCACGCGUGGUCAACCUGCACGAGGUGUACGAAACAGAGCACGAGAUCGUCCUGGUCCUGGAAUAUGCAGCGGGGGGCGAGAUCUUUGACCACUGUGCUUCGGAGGAGGCGCUGACAGAGAGGCAGAUCACCCGGCUCCUCAGACAGACCCUGGAGGGAGUGCAUCUGCUGCAUCAGAACAACCUGGUGCACCUCGACCUCAAGCCUCAGAACAUCCUGCUGACCAGCCUGUCUCCCCUGGGGGACAUCAAGAUCGUGGACUUCGGCCUGUCAAGGAGGCUGGGGGCAGGCAGUGAGCUGCGUGAGAUCACGGGGACCCCAGAGUACGUGGCGCCAGAAAUACUGAACUAUGAACCCAUAACAACAGCAACAGACAUGUGGAGUGUGGGGGUGAUCGCGUACAUGCUGGUGACGGGUGAAUCUCCGUUCGCGGGAAACGACAAGCAGGAGACCUACCUGAACGUGUCACAGGUCAACGUGGAAUACUGCAAAGAGGCCUUCGCUGGCGUGUCGGAGCUAGCUGUCGACUUCAUCAGGAAGCUGCUUGUCAAAUCAGCAGAGGACCGUCCGAGUGCAGCUGACUGCCUCUCUCACCCGUGGCUGUGGCAGGGGGCUUGGGGCUUGGACAGUGACCCACCACUCUGCCAGCCCCCCAGGGAGAGAAGCACAGGCAAGUGGGGCCCCCCCAUACCCCUGGGAAACCCUGAGGACAAAGAAAACAUUCUGGAGGAGUCCCCCUCCCUCCCCAAGAGGUUCCGCUUCGACUCACUUGCAGGAGAGAGCGCGCUCUGAGUCUGUGUGUCUGUGUUUGUGUGUCUGUCUGUCUGUGGGGUAUCGAAGGUACGAGGUGCAGGAUUAUGUUCCACCUCAAAUUCUCAUACCCUCCAAUAAUCUCUCUUUUUUUAAUGAAAUGUCCGCUGCCGUGCUUAGCGUAAACUUAGCGUGAACGUAAAAAUAUAUAUAUAUAUAUACAUACACAUACACACACCACCCCCUGUAGCACUGCUUUGUAGAUAUUUGGGCAGAGCCCAUUUCCAUGUUUUCAAUUGUGGAUUGUGAAACUUUUCUGCCAAAUUCUAACUAAAGCUAAUCUUGCAAAAAUGUUUCAUCCUGUUUCAGUGAUUCAGGAUAUUCUACCGUAAAUGGCCCUAUCUAUGUGUACGUGCAUCUGUGUGUGUGUGUGUGUGCUUGUAUUUUUAUGUCUUGAAUUAGUAAUCAUAUGGUUUGUGUUUCACUUUGGAUUGAAGGAGUUUAGGCAUGGCACUGCUUAUGAUUGCACUUUGAAAACCAGGAUUUUUUUAUGGUAUUCCUUCCUGGAAUGUGGCACUGGGUGUAUUUCUAUACACAGUGUAACUGUAUCUGUAUCUAUAUAUAAUGAAUGCCAGUCGAUACUGAAGUAUUUAAUACCACUCAUUGUGCUAUAGCUGUUUCUGUUAAUGAUUAUCAACUAUAGCUCUCUAUUCUGCAUUUGUAGGGCACAUAUUAGAUUAGAUUAAUCAAUCAAAAUCUUUUUCAUGCAUGAACAUUCCUCUGCUGAGAUAUUUACUGAUGGCACUUUCAGGAUUUACUUGUUUAAUUUUCACACACAGAGACACCUAAUGUGACCUUGGACCUGCCUUCUAACACAGUAAGACUCUCCUGUGCUUCCCCCAUAUCUCAAAUUACUGUACAACAAUCAAAAAUCUGCACAUCUUUAAAACAGAAAGAAGGGACAGAAAAUACCUCAUAAACCAAGACGACGCAGCACUAGAACAGGAUAUAAAACAAAUAAAUGAAAAGAAAGGGCCAGUCAAGCAGUUCAUGGGGAUUCAAACGUAGUGCCUGUAUAAUUACAAGCGCUAAACAGAUAAGUUAGAAAACUACAAGCAAACUGAAGCAGCUAGUGGGAAACAAAUACAACUCCACUAACCACAUAAUAUUACUACACAACAAAAUGUCAUGCAUUUCCCUUCAAAACCACAUUGCUUUUAAGCAACUGAAGUAAGCAUGUCCCAACUUCCACCCUUACUAUCUCUUCUCUCUCUCUAUAAUUAUUACUGUUGGUAUUAGUAUUUUUUUUUUUUUAAUACAAAAGUAGUCCUUUCAAACAAAUAUUCAGAAAAAAGCCAACUGUAUGUAUGUAUGUAUGUAUAUAUGUGCAAUAAUUUAGCUUCCAAAUUUAACACAAUACCAAUUAUUUUAGUCAAUUUCAAAAACAAAUAGCCAUGUAAAAGUAUUUUUUAAUCAGGAAAAAAGUGCACUGCCCCUUCCCUUGCAGAGCGUACAUUGUGCCAGUGUUACUUGCUGUCUGUAGUAAAUGUGUGCUAAAUUAAAAAGGUGGGAGUUCUCUAUGCAAUGGGGAGAAACCAGUGGGCAGUUAUUUGUAUUGGUGUGUUUUUACAGAAGGUGUUUGUCUGUGCUGUACUGGUGUUCUCCAGCUUGUUGUCCCUAGAGCCACACUGAGCACACACCUGAUUCCAGAGGUAGAAUAUUAUUAAAGAGCUGGCCGAGCUGGAAACAAAAUAUCCAAAGAAGCUUCAUUUCAGCCUUAUCCCUGCUUAUGGUACGCAGGCUCUUUCUUCUGACAGGGGUCCUUGCACUUAGCUUGUAUUUAUUUUUAUUUGAAAUCAUUUCUAAAACAAUGUUGUCUUUAGUCAGUCCUCGGUUUCAGGAAGCGUGGAGAACACUUUGUAAAAUAACUAAAAGAGAAAAGAAUGUGUUUACAAAAAUAAUUCAUCUGUAUAUUUAUAGAUUUCCUUUUUUUAGAUAAUGGAUUUUUUAAGAGAAAGGGAGAGUAUGUUUUUAUUUUAUAAUUGGAUUGUAAAAAGAGAAUUAUUUGUCUACAUUUUUAAAAAGUGCUGGUCAAAAUACAAAUUAAGAAAAUGUUAAUAAAAAAAUAAAUAAAUAAUGGAAA